CGGCGGGCGGGGCUCGCAGAGCGGCGCCAUGACAAGCCUGGGCGGCCGCGAGGAGCCGCGCGGCUCGGCCGACGACAAGUCCGAUCGGCUUUACCAGCAGCCGCGCCAGAACAUCAAGAUCGUGCGCAUCCUGACCGUGCUCGGCUACGUCUUCUGCGUCUCGUCGGCGGCCAUCAUGCUCUCGCUGUACUACGUGUUCCUGUGGGACCCGUACAGCGGGCCGCCGGAGUCGCGCGCGCACGCCGUCGGCGCGCACGGCACCAACAUGUCGGCCCUCUGCGCCGCCUACACCCAGAAGGCGCAGCGGGCCACCCACGCCGCAGCUGGUGUUCAAGUUCCUCAGGCCGCCCUCGCGCCUUCACCGACGAGUGGCAUUACAGCAAACCAGCUAUAGAUGGCGCUUCUGAGCGAGGCGACGUAGUCUAGAUGGCGCGUCAGUCGCCCCGGUGGCCGUCAGUGUUCGGCCGGCUUGGGACGACGGGCGCGAGCCUCGGUCAGUGACGGAGGCUCGGAAAGGUCAGCGGACGACUGAAAAAAUCGGACAGCUGAUCACUCAGAUCGCCCACGGCUGCUCGUGAUGAUCGCUGCCGUCGUCAGCCGGUGACGAAGCGACCUCGGUGACCCGACCGACCUGCCUCGCGGGUCAGAAGUCUGGUGGUCGCGGCGCGCAUUCUAGGCCAUCCGCUCUUCUUCCAUGGUUAAACGCUUUACCCUGAAUCACGUAGCUCCCGGCUUAUCCCGGGAAAGCUGCAUGCAUCUGUUGUAAGGGGCUCACGCGCUCCUGGCGGGGGCCCCGCCCGAGCCUGCACAAACAGUGAAGAGGGGUGUCUGUGCGCGAAGUCUCGGUAUAGGAGGAUUUCCAGACACCUGUAACAUUUUCCCGUCAUUCUCUGCUUUUGUCCAUCCCAUAGUCCUGAACUGGUCAUUACUGGCCGAAAGGGCCCUGAUCCCAACCAAGUCCCACUCAAUAGCAGCCUUCGCCAACCCAUCCUUCUACCCACAGCCAUCGCCCCAUCCUCGCAAUGGGUCUCCACUCAUGCGGUGGCUGCCAGCCAUGGGCCGGUCCGAAAGCCACUCCGGCUGGGAAUCCCGCUGGAGCGCCCGCACGCACCGCGGCGUAGGACCCCUGGGCGGGACAGACAUCGGUGUCGGCGGACCAACACCGCCGGACGGCAGCGCUUGACCCCAUCUCCACCGACCCUGUUUAGCCCAUAGGCUUGACUUUGCCAGUCCAUGGAGAGCGAGCUCACCCCUAGCCGUGCUCACAGUCAUCGGCUGUAAGCACCGCUACAGCCCGGAGGCCGCCGAGAUGGCGGUCCAGCACGAUAACGAACUGCGCCGGGAGCUCCGCCCGGCGACAACGGCCAGCAGGGUACACCACGGGUGUCGUGUCCCUGUCUGUGUCACGGGCCAACAGCUAGCCCACGUGCGGGUGGACCGAGAUACGUGGGACUUCUCAGGCAGUUUGUGGAUGGGUUUUGAGAUGGCGUUGAGUAAGGGAUUCAGGUUUGUCAACUGUUCGCCUGCUGCGUCCGGUGUUCUUCACCUCCUGAGUUAGUCCGUAUAGUCAGUCACUUGUGCGUGGCAUUUGAAAUGUUUAAAAACGUAGGAUGAUCUGCUCUGUGUAUGUCACUUAGACGGACGCAGCUGUUGCCAGAACGUAUGCAUUAACGACUUUGAUACGCGUAGUGCAGAGUAGUCUUAAUGUGCGGAGUACAGUGCAGUGCAGUAUAGUGCGAUGUAGUGCGAAGCGUUGUUGAUGAGAAGAAAAAAAAUGAUUGCGAAGAGUUCAUGUCAGCCCGCCACCUCUGCCGCAUUCUCCUGUUCUUGGGCUGGCGAGUACAGGGGCGUUGCCAGGGUAAGGAGUGUGAACGCCAGGCAUCGGGAGGAAAAGGGUCAGGGCAUGUCGCCCGGUCAUCCAACCGGUGACGCGGCCGGGACGAGCCAUCGCUGGAUGCAAUAUAUGCAGGAACGUAUUUCG